AUGAAUUCUCGUGACCUACUGAUUCUCGACUAUGUCCCAGUUGGGGCUGUCAUUGGCAAAGGAGGUAGCUACUGCAAAGCGCUUCGCCAGAAUUAUGGCGUUCGCUGCGAUGUGGCUGCAUUAGACCGAAAAGUGACAUUGAAGGGGUCGAGAUUUGGCAUUGAACGUGCAGUAGACGACCUGGCGGAGUUGUUUGAAACAUUUGCUAUAGCCAAGGAUCGGGUCUUUGAGAUCUUAGCAAAGGAUGGACCCACUCACUUGUGGUCGUUUCUGGAAGACGAGGACGCUUCAAGCGAUGCUCAAAUUGAAAAAUAUCCGUAUCGCCUGCAGCAGUCCGGACAGGCAGUAGAAACUGCGAGCCGGACUGAAUCGUGGAUCAAGGAGUUUCGUGAAGACGAUACGGCUGAAGUCAUGGCGUAUCUAGCCGAGAACCCGUCAGAGUUUCCUGUGGACAUUAGGGUGGCAUUUGGGAAAACGUGCUUCAAACUCAGGUCAAGACAUUGCAAGAAUGCGACGCUUGCGUGGCCGGAGCUGCAGCGUCUUCGCAAUUACGACGACUUUUCAACGCGCUGGUCGAAUUUCUGCACACGCGCGACUCGUUCCAUGUCUGAUUUGAUGGACGACCUGGAGGAGUGGAUGGAGGAGGACGUGGAGCCACGUAAACUGAUUGUGAUGCAAGUUGCAGAUGCGGACAGAAAUUCGUAUGAGGUAAAAUACCAUCUUGUCAAUGGUCAGUGGGAGCUGCACAGCAUCUACCAGAGACGUCACGUGCGUGGUAGCUACGACGUUAUCCUGAAUAAUGAGAUAUCUUUCCGAAUGCGGGCUUCUACCCGCACGAAGUUGUCGAAGGACGACUGGACUGAUAUUGAGCGCCAUCUGGAGCUCUCGCUGCCAGAUAAUGGCGACAUUUUUGCUACAAAGGUCUCACUACGCCAAACAGCUCCGGUAGGAAUGAGCAUCAAGUCGACUUUGGCAAAGUCAACGGUGCAUUUAAAUACCUACGGCCUCCGCUUUAACAUCUCGUACGUAGACCAGUGCCAGAAGGAGUUUCGUCUCGAGUGUCGUUUGCCCAAGGCAGAGCGAAAGCUGCUAGACGACAAGGACAAUGAAGCUCAAGUGUUGCUGGAAAAGGUCUUGAAGGUGUUGGCGUAA